AUGGCGGUACUCUCCGUCAUUUCCCUCCCUGCGCUGCUGGUCUCGCUGGCCGUGGCCUUUACCCUCAUCCGGCUCAUCGAGCACAUCCGGUUCCGCAGCAAAAAGGCGCGGCUGGGCUGCCAGUCGGCCGUGUCGGGCUUUGGCGGCGACCGCGCCGGGCUGCAUCUCAUGCGCGCCGGCCUCAAGGCACAGCGGGAGAAGAAGGUGCCCGACUGGAUGCGUGCCGAGUUUGCGCGGCUGUCGGCCCGCGAGGGGCGUCCGGUCGGCACCUUUGAGAUGAGCGCGCCGCUCUUCCGCCGCGUGCUCUUCACCGCCGAGCCCGAGAACAUCAAGGCCAUCCUGGCGACGAGCUUCAAGGACUUUAGCCUCGGCGACAACCGCAUCGGCAACUUUAAGCCGCUCCUCGGCGACGGUAUUUUUGCUUCGGAUGGCAAGAAAUGGGAGCACUCGCGCGCCAUGCUGCGGCCGCAGUUUGUCCGCAGCCAGGUCAGCGACAUCACGCUCGAGGAGACGCACGUGCAGAACCUACUCUCGGUGCUCGACGCCCAGCGCGACCCAGCCACCGGGUGGUCGUCGGCCGUGGACCUCUCGCCGCUCUUCUUCCGCCUCACGCUCGACUCGGCGACCGAGUUCCUCUUUGGCGAGAGCGUCAACAGCCAGCUGAGGCGCGAGGGCGAGGCGACGACCGACGCCGCCGCCUUUGCCACGUCGUUUGACGCCUCGCAGAACCAGCUCGCCGUCGCCGGCCGCUACGGUAACAACUACUGGCUCGGCCACACGCGCGCCUUUCGCAGCGACGUGCGCGUCUGCCACGAGUUCAUCGACUACUUUGUGCAAAAGGCCAUUGCGGGCCGCCGCGGCGCCGGCGACAAGGCCGAGGACGCCGAGCGAUACGUCUUCUUGGAGGCCAUUGCGCGCGAGACGGAGGACCCCGUCGAGCUGCGCUCCCAGCUCAUCAACAUCCUCCUCGCCGGCCGCGACACCACCGCCUCGACGCUCGGCUGGUUCUUCUACACCCUCGGCCAGCCGCGCUACCAGGCCAUCUACAACCGCCUGCGCGGCACCAUCCUGGACGAGUUUGGCACGUACCGCGACCCCAAGCCCAUCACCUUUGAAGGCCUCAAGAACUCGACGUACCUGCAGUGGUGCGUCAACGAGGUGCUCCGCCUGUAUCCCAUUGUGCCCAUGAAUGGCCGCUCCGCCGUCAGGGACACGGUGCUGCCUCUGGGCGGCGGGCGCGACGGACGCUCACCGAUCCUGGUCAAAAAGGGCCAAGACGUUGGCUACUCGGUCCAUGUAAUGCACCACCGCACCGACCUCUGGGGCGACGACGCCGACGAGUUCCGCCCUGAGCGGUGGGAGAAGCGCAAGCCCGGCUGGGACUACCUGCCGUUCAACGGCGGCCCGCGCAUCUGCAUCGGCCAGCAGUUUGCGCUGACGGAGAUCACCUACGUCGUGGUGCGGUUGCUGCAGCGCUUUGAUGCCCUGGACGGGUCGGCGCUGCCGGCUGAGUCCCACGGCUUGGGCCUGACAAACUGCCCGGGCGAAGGCGUGCCUUUGAAGCUGCACUUUGCCGAUGUGACCGUGUCCCCAUUUACCGUCGGCACACGGCAGCGGCGUCCCGAGUAUGUGCUGUGGAGGGUCUCAUGGAAUGAAGACGGUCGCAUCGAUAUUUCGGAACAGAAAGGUGACCAAGCCCACAUAUGGCUUUCGACUUCCGAGCUGCAUACGGCUUACUUACUCCCACCCACAGCAACUGGAUUCACGCCCCGGCACACCGAACUAGGUCUUACAAGAUCCUGUGCAAGUGCCAAGAAAGAUGCUUUGGAGAUCUGGCGGGAUCUCACCGUCUUAGAAGGGCUGCUUGAAAAGGUGUUGAUGGUAGCGUGGCACGCAAUGAUGGAAGAAGAACUUGAAAUAUAG